UAAGAACACACAUAUGGACAUCAUCUCAGGACAAGCUCUGCUUCUUUUCUUUUGCUUUAUCUUAUCAUGUUUCCUUAUCUUCACCACCGUCAGAUCCCGAAGGAGCUCUCGUGGUGCCGCAACGCUGCCUCCAGGCCCUCCCAGGUUACCCAUCAUCGGAAACAUGCACCUUGUUGGAAAGAACCCACACCGCUCAUUUGCACACCUCUCGAAAACAUAUGGAACAGUAAUGAGUAUUAAGCUUGGAUGUCUAAACACAGUUGUUAUGGCUUCACCAAACGCUGCAAGAGAGGUUCUACGAACGCACGACCAAAUCUUGUCUGGCCGCUACUGGAAUGAAGCCGUACGAUCCAUUGAUCAUCAUUCUUUUUCCGUCGCUUGGCUUCAUCCGUCGUCUCCUCUUUGGAGGCUGUUGAGAAAAAUAUCAGUUACGCAUCUGUUCUCACCACAGCGUAUCGAGGCCACCCAAGCUCUACGGAUGAAUAAGGUGCAAGAACUCAUCAACUUCGUGAGUGAAUGCAGUGAUAGAGAAGAAGCUGUUGACAUUUCUCGUGCAUCCUUCGUCACAGCCCUCAAUAUUAUUUCGAAUAUUUUGUUUUCAACCGACCUCGGUAAUUACGACUCCAGGAAGUCCAGUGACUUCCAGGACAUGGUGAUUGGUGUCAUGGAAUCUGUAGGAAAUACAGACCUUGCUAAUUUUUUCCCAUUUAUGAGAUUUCUUGACGUGCAAGGUACUAGAAAGAAGGUCAAGGACUGCUCGGAGAGGUUGUUUAGGGCUUUCAGAGGAUUGUACGAUGAUCGAAUCAAGGGAAACUCAUUGCAGAUGGAGAAUAAAGAUGUUUCGAGCAAGGAUUUUCUGGAUGCGCUUAUUGAUCUCAACCAAGGAGAUGAAGCUGAGCUAAACAUUAAUCAGAUUGAACACCUUCUUCUCGACCUAUUUUCAGCCGGCACAGACACAAACUCUAGUACCGUGGAAUGGGCAAUGGCAGAACUACUCCAAAACCCAAAAGCAAUGACAAAAGUUCAAGACGAGAUCGACAGUGUGAUAGGCCAAAAUGGUGUCGUCCAAGAGUCUGAUAUCUCACAACUUCCAUAUUUACAAGCUGUAGUUAAAGAAACUUUCCGUCUCCAUCCACCUGCUCCGCUUCUCCUCCCACGAAAAGCAGAAACAGAUGUGGAGAUUCUUGGAUUUCUUGUGCCUAAAGACACUCAAGUUCUGGUGAAUGUGUGGGCUGUAGGACGAGACCCGAGUACGUGGGAGAAUCCGAACCGGUUCGAACCAGAAAGAUUUUUGGGGAAAGAUACUGAUGUGAAAGGCAGAGACUAUGAGCUUACACCGUUUGGGGCUGGACGACGAAUUUGUCCUGGAUUGCCUUUGGCUGUGAAGACAGUGCAUCUCAUGCUUGCUUCCCUUCUCUAUUCAUUUGACUGGAAGCUUCCAAACGGCGUGGCUUCUGAGGACUUGGAUAUGGACGAGAGCUUCGGCCUCACAUUGCAUAAGACCAAUGCCUUACAUGCUGUGCCUGUCAAGAAACGCGUCAUUAGUUGACCGUUACUAUUGCUAUAUUUUCUCUUGUUUAGUACUUGUAAUAAUUUCAGAAAUCAUGCUAUUCAUGGCACACUAUAAGUUAAAUUAAAAAAUAAUUUCAAAUUAUAGAAACCUUACAAAAAUGGG